GAAAUCAAAACAGUUUACCCCUCCCCCGCACUCAAAUCAUUGAUAAAGAAGAAAUAUCAUAUUCCAAGCAUUUCAAUCUAUUACAUCCACACAAUAUUCUAAAAUGGCUGAAUCCAAGAGCACAUCUUGGGCAGAUGAGGUUGCAUCACCCACUAUAGAAAAAAAUGAGGGAAACCCUUUGGAGGAGGCGCAACUCGAUGGUGCUACUGAGCCUUUGGGAGGUGGUACUCUCCAGGACGGUCAAUAUGAGGUUGAGGUUAAACUCAGCGAUAUUCAAGGUGAUGAAACUAGUCCCUUGUAUUCUGUAGAGACAUUUGAGCAGUUGGGAAUUGAUGCCUCGAUUCUCAAGGGUCUUUAUGCGAUGAAUUUCAAAAAGCCUUCCAAGAUCCAAGAAAAAGCCCUUCCACUCUUACUUCGCAACCCGCCAACAAAUAUGAUUGCGCAAUCACAAUCAGGCACAGGAAAGACUGCCGCGUUCGUUAUCACUAUUUUAUCACGUCUCGAUUUUUCAAAGCCAACUACUCCCCAAGCAUUAUGUUUAGCACCAAGUCGCGAACUUGCCCGCCAAAUCGAGGGUGUCAUUAGAAGCAUUGGGCAAUUUGUCGAUGGCUUGACUGUACAGGCAGCCAUUCCAGGUGCGGUGGAGCGAAAUGCUAAAGUAAAUGCAAUGGUUGUUGUAGGCACACCUGGUACGGUAAUGGACUUGAUCAAGAGAAGAUCGAUCGACGCAUCGCAGAUGAAGAUUCUAUGUCUGGACGAGGCAGACAACAUGUUGGAUCAGCAGGGUCUCGGAGACCAGUGCAUGCGAGUUAAGUCGAUGAUUCGGGUCGAGCAGAUCCUACUCUUUUCCGCGACUUUUCCCGAUGAGGUCUACGGCUUUGCUCAGGAUUUUUCGCCUCGUGCAAAUGAGAUUAAGUUGAAGCGCGAUGAACUUACUGUGUCCGGAAUUAAGCAGAUGUUCAUGGAUUGUCCCAACGAGGUCGGGAAAUAUGAGAUUUUGGUCAAGCUUUAUGGUUUGAUGACAAUUGGUUCCUCGAUCAUUUUUGUCAAGCGAAGAGAUACAGCCAGUAAUAUUGCUGAACGAUUGACAAAGGAAGGGCACAAAGUUGCUGCGGUUCAUGGUGCUUUUGAAGGUUCGGAACGUGAUCAAGUACUUGAAGAUUUCCGUCAAGGAAAGGCCAAGGUUCUCAUCACUACGAAUGUUCUUGCCCGAGGUAUCGAUGUUCAAUCUGUCUCUAUGGUCAUCAACUACGACGUCCCUAUGAAGGGCCGAUCAGAUUCAGAGCCAGACCCAGAAACCUACCUUCACCGUAUUGGUCGAACCGGAAGAUUCGGACGUGUCGGUGUCAGUAUCAGCUUUGUCUUCGACAGAAAGAGUUAUGAUGCACUCAACCAAAUCGCAAAUCAUUAUAACAUCGAUCUUAUUAAGCUCAACCAAGAUGAUUGGGAUGAGACGGAGGAGAUUGUGAAGAAGGUCAUUAAGUCAAGCCGUGCUGGAACCAACUUACAGUCUUAAUUCUUUCAAGUCCAGUUUUCAUAUGAAUCCUUCAAUUACCCAUAUCUUUUUCUGAAAUUUACUUGCACAAUAUUGAGAGAAAAGCAGGCGUUUGCAUACAUGCAUAAGCUCAUGUUAAAUGGGAGGCUCAAUUUCUCAAGGAUAUUUCUUGACAAUAGAUUCGCUACAGUGGGCUUAUUCUGGGUUGCAUACACAGCCGCCAAACAUGCUUUCAAAAUCUAAUCGUGGAUGAAUCACGAGGAAAUGACCAUAAUGAAUGAUUUCAUAAACAGAAAUACCUGCAACGAAUGAAUUCAGAACGCAGUAAAGAUAAACUGCAAUAAACUUAGAGAUAAUCUAAAUCUGACACGUAUAAUAAAUGCAAUGAAUCGUCGAACAAUCAAUAUUACUGGCGCCGUAUUUCCGUCUCA